AUGUCAUCCCCGUCAGUGAGCCCGCCACGGCUGACUUCAGCCCAGCGUGCCUUGUUGCACGCCGCCCAUGAAUGCGGCGCCUUGUUGUUUGGCCGUUUUACGCUUAAAAGCGGUCGGAUCUCCCCUUUCUUCUUCGAUGUUGGGAGGUUUAGGGACGGCAGGUGCAUGCAACUCAUUGCUGAGGCCUACGCUGCAUGCAUCUAUGAAAGCAGAAUCCAAUACGAUGUGAUCUUCGGACCGGCGUACAAAGGCAUCCCACUAGCCACCUGCACCGCUCUUGUGCUGGCUUCACGGUAUGGACAGCAGGCCCCUUUCAUCUAUGAUAGGAAAGAAGAAAAGGAUCAUGGGGAAGGGGGCUGUCUUGUGGGCGCUUGCGAGCUGCUCACAAACGGGCAGCAUAUGGUGGCCAUUAAUGAUCGGGUAGGCGAAGGUGGGUCGUCAUCGGAUUCCACUGUUGCAGGAGGAAUUAUUCCUCAAGGUUCGUCUCCUCCUCCUCUAGGGAGUUCUUCUUCAGGGGGCUCACAGGAAGGGCGAGGGCCAAGGGUCCUGGUUGUGGACGACGUUUUGACGUCUGGAACGGCUUUACGGAGUGGAAUCAAAAAGCUGCAGUCUGCUGCCAGCCGCACGGAAUUGGUGGCCUUAGUGGUUCUGCUUGACAGGCAGGAGAAGAGGGAAGGUAAGAGCUCAGGCAGCGAGUUAUCAGCUGCAGAAGCGGUAGGACUUGAGUUCAACACGAAGGUUUUGCCUAUAUUAACAUUCGGAGACUUACUUUGCUUUCUUGAUGAGCUGAUGGAGAGCGAACACGAUGCUGGAAAGAGAGAGGAGCUUCUCAGAGCAGCAAUUGAGCAAGCAGGCAUAGCAAACAGGGCAAGGGAACUAUUCGAAGACGCAACUCGCAAUAGGGGGCGUGUUCUGCUCACCACCUCAGCCCACACUAACGCAACAGUUUCGCCAACUUUUGUACUGAUGCUUAAAGCAGCUUCUUGGCUGGUGGAGGUUGUAGGAUCACCGAAGGCCCCUAGAGAUCCUAAAACAGUGGGGUGUCACGAAGGGCCCCCUGUGCAAUGGGAAACAAGGGCUGGCGAAUGCCCUUCAAAGAACCCUCUAAGGGUCUGGAGAUGCUUUUCCGCAGAAGGCGCUAUCUAG